AUGAAUAGACCCAUUUCCUCGGUGGAACCAAUUUGGCCACCAAAUAUCAACAACCUGUCCAUUGAUGACUUUCAAGGACCGAAGAUACUUCUUACUUUCUUUGCCAAGCUCCUAGAUAGUACUAGGAAUGAAGUAGUGAUACGGUAUAUAGCUCAAGAUAUACUAUAUGCAGUAUCUUGUGGAGAGUUUCUUACACCAAAACACUUGAUUCUUCCUUUGGCUAUCAAUUUCGUGACAGGCAACGUAGAAGUAAUAAAAUGGUUGAAUCGGCUUGCUCAUGGUUGUAGUGUUACCAAGCUGCUUGAAAUUGAUAACGCAUGGUGUAUUGAAAAACAAAACCUUUCUUUGGCCUUAUCACUUUCUGUUCCUCUGCCAAGUGAUGUCCACCAAUCCAUUCCUACUGUGCUUGCCUUCGACAACAUUGACAGGCUUGAAGAAACUCUCAAGGAAAACAGGUUGAACUAUUUGCCAACAAUAGACAGCCCCGCCACGGAAAAGGCGACAGUUCUACGAAUCCUGAGACGAAGUGAAGGAAUAAGAAAAUACUUGCAGAUAGACUACAUAGUAGUUGUUGAGUCUCUGGACACUUUGGUGGAAGACCAAGAGGUGUCCACGUCGGAUAGAAGACCCUCGGAGAGGAACGUGGGGCUGACUUACUACACCCCCAAGCAAGGUCGCAUUUUGUCGCGGCUUUUGACCCACACCCACCUGCCAGGCUUAUCCAGUCUGGACCAAAUGCAUCUGCUAGCUCUCGCAGACACAGUUUCUACUUGUGAUACUGAUCUGGCUGAGCAUUUCGCCAUCGACGCUGCCAAGAGCAGGAUGACACACACAAGUCAAUGCCACCCUGACCUCAGGAGCCAACGAAUAAUCAGAGACGAAAAAGACGUGACAGCUCUCGCUGAACUUCUGGCUAACGAGUGCACGAACCCAUUCGAUACCAACCCUUCAGAUAUUGUACAUUUGUCUACUGGAAUAUCUGUUGAUGCAUCAACAGCUUCAGAUCUCAUCGAUUCAGAGACAGAAGGGGAAAAAGCUUAUCAAGAGUUCACGUUUCGGCUAGCUAACGAAGAAGGGUUUCAUAAACCUAUAAAAAAAUAG